GUUAACAGACCUGCAGAUACGUCUCCGAAACUAUCGCCGUACCUCGUACCAUUAACAAUGAACUUGAUACUUUUUGUGUUGGCUUUAGCAAUUUUUGCAUUUCAAAAUGCUCUUCUACUUGAAAUUUCGACAGAAAUUGUUUACACAGGGUCCGGCCCCGUGCGAGGCUUAAGCACAGCUAACAGCAAACAAUAUUUGGGAAUAACAUAUGGCACGGCAAAAAGGUUCGAGGCACCAACGCCUCUACCUCCAUGGAGACGACCGGUCAGUGCUACACGAGUGGGGCCCAUGUGCUACCAAGACUGCCCCACCUCCCCGCCCCAUCUCUGUCUUACCCAGAUGUCUGAGGACUGCUUGAGCCUGAACGUGUACGUGCCCAGGGGAAGUCCCGGGGGGUCGGGGUUUGCUGUCAUGGUGUUCAUUCACGGUGGGGAUUUCCUGUCUUACUCGGGAAGCUCACCUUUAUUCAACGGCGAUGUGUUUGUCAAGAAGGGAAAUGUCAUAUUAGUGACACUCAACUACAGAUUAGGGGCGUUUGGUUUUCUACCUCGAGUAGUGGAUGGCGAAGUCGUUGGGGGCAAUUACGGCCUGCUUGAUCAACAGUUAGCUCUGAAGUGGGUUCAUGAUAACAUCCGGGCUUUCGGUGGCGACAACAGCAAGAUUACCAUAUUUGGACAAAGCGCUGGUGCCCAAUCAGUGUGUGUUCAUCUAGUUUCUCCGUCAGUCUCGGACUACUUUCAACGCGCAAUAAUUCAAAGUUCACCCAUCGCCUUGCCCUUCAGAAACGCAACAGAAGCGGAGAGACAAGUGCACCUGUUUGCCAGACAGCUCGGUUGCAAUGUCAGAGAUACACACUGUUUUCAAUCGAAAUCGGCUGCUAAAGUUUUACACGCUCAAAGGUCUACACCAAAAGAUCAAAUAUCCGAUAAUUCCGCUAUGCAGUUUCAGGCAUGGGGACCUGUUAUUGACGGGAAAAAUAUUUCAGGGAAUUUAUUGUCAAUUUUAGCAACUGCCUCAAUCGACAAAGACGUUAUUAUAGGCACGACCUCAGACGAAGGCAUUGCAUAUGUUUAUGGUGCAGUACCACACGGAAUUCCGAAUUUUUUGUUUUCAUUUUUCCUCAACAUGUUCAUUCCGAACAGCUCAGCAAUUGCCAACCAUUAUACAGUCCGGGGCGAUGCGCGCACAGCUUUAUCGGAAGUCAUCACAGAUUUCAUGUUUUUAUGCCCCAGUCAAUUGUUUGCGGACAUUUUAUCCUCAUCCAAAAACGUUUGGUUUUAUCGCUUUGAGCAGCCAUUAUCGAUAGAUGCAUGGGGAAGGGCUACCCACUGUGUUAACAAGGCCUGUCACGGGGUUGACUUGCCCUUCCUUUAUGAUACGCCUCGAUUGAUUGGAUAUGAGGUCACUUCCGGAGAUGAGAAACUGUCUUCUACUAUGAUUGGCUACUGGGCAAACUUUGCCAAAUAUGGAAACCCGAAUAGCAUGGGAACAUUGCCUGAAUGGCCGAAAUAUCAAAAGAAAUUCCCGACAAAACAGAAGGUUAUGGUUUUUAAGGAACCACGGGUAAUGGUAAAAGAGGCUGACAGAAAGAAAUGCGCAGCUUUUAAUAAGCAAGGCUAUCAAAUCGUUGGUUGAUGUUUUGUUGCGAAAAUAAAAUGGUUCUCCAUAAAUGUUGUAUCUUCUUGAAAACAAAACCUUUCUUUCAUUUUUUUUUCUAAAAAUAAAUGAAUACUGAAUUUAAUCUGCGUUUCAUAUUAAUUAGAUAUAUUGUUAUGUUAUACGAAAAGUUUUAUAUGUCAGUACUAUAAUACGGGGAGUAUUAUAUUUGUAUUGGUAACUAUUGUGUCAUCGCCAAUUGCUUCUUAAGUAUCUUACCGUAACUGUACUUCGCUUCAUGACAAUGUAACUGUGCCUUCCUCUACACACCUGUUUAUACUUCUUCUUUUUUUUAAAUGCGAAUUAUAAAACAAAAAAAAUCUCCUCGGGGAGUUUUCAGAUCAUUCAAGAAGAUGUUUCAAUUUUUUAUGUGAUAAUAUUUAUAGUGUUUUAAUUUUUCAUACUGAGUGAAUAUGAUUUUGCCCCGCUUUUAGCAAUAUUCCAGUAAUUUCUCGGCGGGGGACGCCGAAAAUUGGUUUCAUACGUUGUAUGUGGGAAUCGAACCCGGACGUGAGUCGUGAGGUGCUAACUAUUUAACCACUAGGCUACCCCAAUACAAUACUUUCACACAAUGACAAACAUGGGGAGGGUGUGAUUUGCCGGGACUGUAUGCACAAAACACACAAUCCACACAGCAGGAACAAUAUUCAUAAUCAUCAGUUCAUUCAAAGUUCAAAUCCACGGCUAUAUUAAGUCGCCUGUUACGAAAGGCACCCCAUGGGGAUUCGUACUUAGAAAAGGCCCCAGCAACCUACGCUGGUCGUAAGAGGCAACCAAAUGGAUAGGUCAGGGUGGGUGAUUUUGUUGAUUUCGUGCCAUCGUACCCCGACGGC